UGAUUUCCUUUCCAUCAGGGAACUUCCUGUGACUAGCAAGGGAUGUGACAAGGAACGAGCAUUUUGGGAUAUUCUCAGAGAUGGCGACCGACAUAAUGAUCAAGCUGUUCAUGGUCUCUGUGUUGUUGCCAGCGAUGGUUUUCGCGGCAGAUGAGAACAAGACAAUGGUCUUUGGACUCAACCUGGAGGUGUCACCCAAAGUGUCUUCGUCGUGGAUCCAGAAGGAGAUUCUUUUCCCGAAUGGCACCAAUGAGAUAACCAUCUGCAUGAACAUCCUACUGCGGUUCAAACUCUUCAGCAGAGUGGCGUUUUUCACACUCAACAAGAGGAUUGCGUUUAUAAUGGAGGAAAUGAACACAAUUCUCAUGCAGAAGUCUCGUUUCUACUACGGACCCACAUCGGUCACGCCCUUCGCCUGGAGCCACGUCUGCGUCAUGUUUGGUACUAAUCCCUCGGUCUAUCGAAAUGCACAGCCAUUCCCUAUUGUGCCAGCGUCAGGAACGGAGGCGCCUUUUAUUGAUUUCAGUAUACCCUACAACGUGUCAGCCAGUGUUCCCGAUGGUCUCUACCCAGACAAAACAGUCGGGGGAUUCUGCGGUUAUGCCACAAUCCCUAACGUUUUCGCGAGGCGUCUCACAGCGGAAGAGGUCAGAAAAAUUGCAUACAAUGAAGAGAUUCCCGAGGGAGAUCUGUCAGCUGGCGAGUGGAAGGCCUAUACCAAUCGUCACCUCUUCAUUACGACUCUCCAGCGUAAUGGCUCGCGAAUUGAUUACACUCCUUUCGCGGGAUUGUCUAACAGCACCAUGGCCUUUGAAAUAUCGGAGGAAAGAACCGUCAACGUUUACUUGCCCUACGACCCGCACAACUACGCCGUGGCUCUUGGGUCUUAUGGGUACUACGAGUCCUUGGCGUUAUGCCAGAUCAUGAAGGGCAGCAUUCCAAAAAUCGAUGACCCUGUCUUCAUCGAAAUGGGUGCGAAGGCAGCGCGUAAAUACAUGAAUUCAACAUUCAUGUUUUGGGUGAAGGGACAAAACGGCACCUGUCCCGCAUUGAUCUUCUCCCCCCUAGUGUGGCAACCAUACAUACUCCUUGCAAAAUGCGUCGAGAAGUCUAUCUACAUCGCUUGCACUGCGCCAAGGAACAUGUCAUUUGAACUGCGAUCUAACGGCUUCCCCGCACCGGCGGAAAAUUUCUACUUCGAGCCGGAAAACUUCUUCCCGCGCUUUCUGUCGCUGGACGGGAGGGAGAUCACAGCCCAACCGUCAGAGAUCUACGGAUACGAGCUGUACCUUAGGGAAUAUUUCGAGGGCACAGUCUUGGCCGUUACGCCCCUGCUCGAGUCCAACCCUUUCGGACGGAAGGAGUGGAACUUCGUGAAGAGGAACGAGACUAUAUCUAUGGUCCUUACUGGAUGCUCACAGGAGGAGUUCACCUGCUACAAUGGAUCCUGCAUCGAAAUACAAAAGAGAUGCGACGGGAAGGAUGACUGCGGCGACCAGUCUGACGAGGUCUGCCAGCUGGUCAAGCCCCUCCCUUUGUCGUACAGACCCAACAGACCUCACUUACCCGAAACGCCCCUGCAACUGCAGGUUUUCAUCAGGAAGAUCGCCGCCGUCGAAGUUGAUCAUGGGAUGAUCACGCUUCAGCUUGAGAUUAAAUCAUCCUGGAAAGAUAGCCGGGUCACCCUCGUGCAGCUGAGUGAUACCAGCGAGGAUAACAUCAUUACCGAGACAAUAUGGUCACCUGAAUACUGGUUCAUGAACGCCGUUUUCCAGGAUAAUAAAGGCUACCUCGAUCAUACCAAUGUUAUCAGUAAUAUCAUUGCCAACAAGAAUGGGCCUGGGGAAGCCAGCGUCCUGGAGAGCCAAGAGGGUUACGAAUACCAGGGUGACACAGACGCCAACUUCACUCGCAGCGAGAUGAUUUCCGCAUCUUUCGAUUGCACAUUCAGCCUGGAGCUCUUUCCAUUUGACUCACACGGGUGCCUGUUUCAUUUGAAGCUGAAGCAGAGUGGGAAGCAGAUUGCUUAUUUUGAUCCUGAUAUGAUUUACUUGCAGCCAGACAAUUUCACCUUGUCAGUCUUUACUACUCUCCCCGUGUGCCACACAAGUGGUCAUGUGCACUUGUCGGGGGGGAAAAGUAAUGCACUGAUAAUUCAUAUCCUUUUGCAACGACGAUACGGUUCCUACGUCCUCACCACAUUCCUGCCAUGCGUGGUUCUCACCCUCAUCGGAUCCUUUACACAGUUUUUCGCUUAUGAUAAUUUCAGCGACCGAACUCAGGUAACCCUGGCGUGCUUGAUUGUGAUAGCCUCUCUCUUCGGCCAAGUUAGUAUGACAGUACCAGAAUCAGCUCAGCCAAAACUCAUAGAUGUCUAUUUCUUCUUUGCCAUGAUGCGACUGUUUAUUUGUUUCCUUCAUCACACUGUUCUAUGUCUACUUCAAAUAUACAGCAAAAAUCAUGAGGAAAUGAAGAAAAAGAAAGAAGCGGAGGAGCCAAUACCAGAUGAAAAAGCUCUUCUUCGGAAACUUGCAAAGGACAAAGACUAUAUUCCAUAUCCUCCAACUUAUAUUUUGCCAGGCAAAACGCUUCCAGCAACAUCAAAUGCUUGGCAGAAAUUGUCUGACAACAACAAAACUUCACCAGAAAAAGGAAAAUCUAUCGAUGAGAUCUUCAACAUCAUUAGUAUUGUAUUUGGGUACUUGGUCGACAUCAUUGGUUAUUCUGUAUUUGCUUAUGUCAUUGUGACCCAGGAUGCAGCAAAGAGAAAACAAUAUGAACAGCAUUGCUAAAGACAGGUAUCAAACUUUACAGAAAAAAACAUUAUUUUAUAAAAAACUAAGACUAUAAAUUUUCUUAAACCUCUUAAUCCUGACCUUGCAAGAACUAGAAUCAAGACUUUCACCAGCAAAAUGAAGAGCAUCAUAUUUAGCACUACUCUAGCUAGAAAGAAUGGUUGUCCUUCUGCAACUGUCCUGUUCCCCAGGGUCUUCAGUAUGAUUUUACAGUUCUUCACAUAUCCUCUAAGGCAAUCAAGAAUAUAAAUCUAGCUUUUUAUACUGUCACAAUAUUAACAUUAAAAAAUAGUUUAAUCAAACCACUGAGCCUAUGCAUAGCAGUGAAAUGUGUAAUCAAGAGCAUUAUUUGUCACAAAUAUACAAAGUUGUUUCAUUGUGAACACGCCGCCACCAUAAUCAAUAUCCUCUUCUACAACCAUACUGACUUUUCAUUUACCUCCUGGGUACCUAUAUAGUGAAAUAAUUCCCAUCUAAGUGAGGGACUUAAUAUAUAAGACCUUGAUUUAUUAUUAUUAUUAUUAUAUCAUAAUGACCAGUGAUGUACACAA